AGCGGAAGUGGCGCCGGCUUGCUACCACAGGUUUACAGCAUGGCUGCGAUCGGGGUUCAUUUUGGUCACACAUGUGCUUGUGUUGCGAUAUUUAAGGACGGCCGGGCCGAGGUGGUGGCCAACGAUGCCGGGGACCGGGUCACCCCAGCGGUGGUGGGAUUCAGAGACACGGAGACGAUCGUUGGAAUAGCAGCAAAGCAAGGACGAGUCCGCAACGCUGCCAACACGGUGGUCAAGGUGAAGCAGGUCCUGGGGAGGAGGUUUGAUGAUCCAGUGACAGCAACUCACCAAACGGAGACCAAAUGUCGGGUGGUCAGCAGGGACGAGAAGCCGUACUACGAGAUCACCGCCGGCGAGCAUCCGCAGUACAUCGCACCAGAGGACGCCGCCAAGCUCAUCUUCCACAAAAUGAAAGAAACGGCUCAGUCAGCUCUGGGUUCUGAUGUCACUGAAACCGUCAUCACCGUCCCGUUUGAGUUUGCACAGGCUCAGAAGCGCGCCCUGAGGGAGGCGGCGGAGGCGGCAGGCUUCCACGUGCUGAGGAUGAUCCACGAGCCCGCGGCGGCCCUGCUGGCCUACAACAUGGGACAGGACUCCUGCUCCGGGAAGAGUCACAUCCUGGUGUACAAGCUGGGGGGGACGUCCCUGAGCGUGACGGUGCUGCAGGUCAACGGGGGGCUGUACCGGGUCCUCAGCACCCGCACGGACCACAGCAUCGGGGGGGAGAGCUUCACGCAGGCCCUGGCCCAGCACCUGGCCUCCGAGUUCAGACGGUCCUUCAAACACGACGUGAACAGCAACGCCCGGGCCAUGCUGAAGCUGAUGAACAGCGCAGACAUGACCAAACACUCCCUGUCCUCCCUCGGAUCAGCCAACUGCUUCGUCGACUCCCUGCACGACGGCAUCGACUUUGAAUGCAACGUUUCCAGAGCCCGCUUUGAGUCGCUCUGCUCCUCGCUCUUCAACAAGAGCACCCAGCCCAUCAGGGCCCUCCUGGAGGAGGCGGGACUCUCCGCCAGAGACGUCACCAAGGUGGCCCUGUGUGGCGGCUCAGCCAGGAUCCCUCGCCUGCAGCAGCUGAUCCGGGAGAUGUUUCCUGACGUGGAGCUGCUCAGCUCGUUCCCCCCCGACGAGGUGAUCGCCGUGGGGGCGGCCAUGGAGGCCGGCCUGCUGGUGGGCAGAGACGGCCUUCUCUCCGACGAGGAGUCCGUCACCGUGGACGUUUCUGCCGCCGACAUCCUACUGAAGGAGGUGGAUGGAUCCGGGGCCGAGGCGUUCACCGUCCUCCUCCCAGCAGGGGCUCCUCUUCCCGCCCGCAGACACCACGUCCUGAGUGGCGGAGGACAACUGUCCUCCCUUCGCCUGGAGAUCUACCAGAAGUUAGUCACGGAACAACCGGAGAAGAUAUCGCAGAUUAUCCUCAGAGACCUGGAGCCCAAAGAGGAGAACCACAACAUUGACGCUGUGGUGACCAUGAAAAGGGACGGGUCGCUUCAUGUUUCCUGUGUGGAUCAGACCAACGGCAAGACGGAGGCCGUCACCAUAGCAGCAGCAUCAUGAUGGUCCUCGUCUACACAACACUAAUCACAUCGUUUGUGCAGCGUUUUUGUUUAGUUUUUUGUUUUUUCUUAAAUUUCAAUAAACAUAAAAUUUGAAACCUUA